AUGUUUGUACUUUCAUUAAAGGAUUCCUCGAUAGAAUCUAAAAAAUAUUCAUCAUUGGUUGACUUGAAACAUUUAUAUGGAUGUUUAUAUCUGAAAUGCUUUUCAACAAUGUCACUUACUUCUCCAACACGAUUACAAAUACAUAAUUUAUGUAUGAUCAUGAAUAUCAAAAUUGAAAUCAAAAGGUUAUUACAAGAUUGUGGAAUGUCCUAUCAACAAUAUCAACUAUUAAUUCAUAAUAAUGAAUUAUUUGGUAAUGUUUAUGAAAUGUUCAAUUUGAAUUCCAAUAGUGUUAUAACAAUUAAAUUCAAUGAUUUUCCAGAUUUUAGUCCUAAAUCUAUGCAAAAUUGUAUAACAAUUGAAAAUUUUGAAUACUACAUCAAUAACAAAUUUAUUCCAGGUCUUGAAACCACUGAUACCCCUGAUGUUCGUUUGAGUUUUGAAGAUUUUACUAUCAAUUAUUAA